AUGUCAAAGGUCCACUACAAGUUCAAGUCCUCGAAGGACUACGACUCUGCAACAUUCGACGGCCACUCUAUCUCCGUCUUCGACCUCAAAAAGGAGAUCCUCAUCGCUAAAGGUCUCAAGGGCCCCGACGACCUCGCCCUCACCCACGCCGAGUCUGGAGAGGAGUAUUAUGACGAUGCAACUCUGAUCCCUCGAAACACGUCGAUCUUGGUAGCGCGUGUGCCAGCCAAACCAGGCCGAGGAGGCGCGCAACGCUAUCUAGAAGGAGCCGGACCAAUCCCUCGAGGAGGCAACAUGUCCCGGAAUGUAUUCGAAAAACCAGGCUCCAAUAACCACCACGACCCCAUGGGUGGAUCAAAGGUCUACAGGAAUACUACGUCGCUCCUCCAGGAGGAAGGCCCUCCCACAGAAGCGGUCGACAUGUCCCAGAUGACCGAGGAGGAGAAAAUGAAGUUCGUCUUUGAACAACAGACUUCACACUGGGGAAAGACUCAAGAAGGAAUGGCCAAUGCCCAGUUUCGUCCCCUGAGUAAAUUCCAAGGGGCCACUCGAAACCAGCCUCAGAAUGGACCACGCCCAACGGGUGAAGCAGGAUCAGGCGCGGGAUCUUCUAACCCAGGCUCCUUUCCCAGGCAACCAAUGGACCAGCAACAACGUCCCCCUCCCAACACAUAUGUUUGCUACCGAUGCGGCAAAAAGGGCGAACAUUGGAUCCAGUUCUGCCCUACCAACAACGACAAGUCCUUUGAGCCCAUCGGCAUCAAGAAAACCACCGGUAUCCCCCGCUCCUUCCUAAAGACUGUCAAGAGCGACACCCUUCAAAGCAAAAAAGGCGUCAUGGUCACUCAGGACGGCAAUCUCGUCGUCGCGACAACCAACGACUAUGAAUGGAAAAAGUUUCACGAAAAGUCCAAGGGAACGCUGACAUCAGAUGAGGCGUACAACACUGCACCUAUUCCUGACGACAUGAAGUGCAUCCGCAACUAUCUCGUCCACCCACCCAAAGGCGAAGACCCAUUCAAGUGCCGGUCUUGUCACCAAUACCUUGUUCCUGAUCAACUCAUCCCCAAUGUCGACCUACGCCAGAGUGUCGAGCAUCAUCUCCGAGACUGGGCCAAGAGUCGACGCAUGGAAGCAGAUGGACAAGGCGGUGCUGGAAGUACCGGGCCAGGUUCUCGAGGCGGCUCACCUUUUGGAGACAUGGAUAAGACAGAUAGUCUCCUUGCAAAACCGUCGGGCGAUACUAACUCUUCUUCUAUUGAUGGCGAAGGAUCAGCUGCUGCUGGGCAAAAGAGGAGAUUGUCGAAUGACAACAGCCAGGCUGCCGCUGGAGGCCUUAGCGGUGAUCUCGAUAGGGAUCAACCGUCGUGGAAGAAUAAAAAGCCCCACGUCAACAACCAUGUCAGCAACAACAGCAACAGCAACAGCAGCAACAUCAACAGCAACAACAACAGCAACAACUUAAGCAACAAUCAGGGUAUGAGCAGAAACAGGCCGCCACCCAUGCACGGAUCAGGUGCAAUGGGACCGAUAGACCCAAGCAUGAUGGAUCCUCACCUAAUGUUCCCUGAAGGCAUCCCUCCAGGAUUUUUCGAGAUGAUGCAGCAGCAUGAUCCGGCGUUGUUCAUGGACCCAAACAUGUUUGGGCCAAAUGGAGUUCCUCAAUUCAUGAUGCCAGGAUUUGUGCCACCUUUUAUGCCAGAGUUCGGGGGAAUGCCAGGACAAGGUGGACCAAGUGGACCGGAAAUGUGGAACAUGGGACGAGGCAUUCCAGGAUUGCCUCCUAUGGGACCAGGAUUUCCUACUCCGCGAAUUGGGUUUAGUGAACCUCGCGCUGGUCGUGGCCGAGGGCGUGGCGGAGGAUGGCAAGAAAGUGGACAGAAUGACCAUGGUGGACCCAUCGCCGGCGGAGGUCGUGGUUACCCCCAAGAAUUUAACCAGAAUGGUCCUCAAGGAAUCCCUGCACCGGGAGGCAACUCGGGCGCUCCAUUUACACCCGCAGGCGCUGGAGCUGGAGCUGGAACUACCCGUGCGACAUCCGCCUCUGGUGAUAAUGCCAGGGAGGCCAAUGGCCACAGGAAUGCCAGCCAAGAUCCGCCGGGACGAUUUGACGAUGAUGAUAUUGACAUGUCCCAAGUUCCCACAGGACCAAGGGCCGCGAGAAGAUUGCCACUUGAAGACGACGAGGAGAUUCCGAAGGGACCUCGCGCGGGGCCGGGACCAGAGGAUGACCGGAGGAGGUCAGAGUCUCCCCCAACAGCACCUUUGGCGGAUAGAUUAAGGUAUCGAUCGACCAGCAGGUCUCGAAGCGAUAAGGCAGCAGAUAACAACAGCAUUGGUAGCAGUGGUGAUCGUGACCGUAGCCGUCAGAGAGAGACUAAGGAUAAUCGACACAAGGAUAGAGAAGGCAGUAGCCGAGAUAGAGAUCGUCAUCGUGAUCAUGACAGGAGCCGUGAUCGAGAGCGUGAUAGGGACAGAGACUUUGAUAGGAGUAGAGACAAGGACCGCGAACGCGAUAGUGAUCGUGAUCGUCGACGAGAUGAUAGUAGGGACAGAAGGGACGACCGGUCGAGAUCCUCUCGUCAUGAUCGUGAGCGGGAUCGCGCUAGAGAUUCGUCGAAUCGAAGGGACGACCGACGGGAUAAUAGGAGGGAUGACCGAAAGGCUGACGGUCGCCAGGAGGAUGGACGUUCGUCAUCGCACCAACAUCAGCGUCACCGCAAGGAUCGCUCAAGAGACAAUUAUCGUGAGGACGAGACGGAGAUGAAAGACAAUCAUCAGCAGCAUCGCCAUGACCGAGAAUCUUCGAGCAGUUCGUCGACACGCAAGUCGGUCGAUCCUCAGCGGGAUUAUGAGAUGAAACGCCAAGCGAGCUUUGGGGCAUCUAUGUCUACGUCGACGUCUCUAUCGAGGCAACAGGGUGAUUCAAUGAAGGGAUACGAGGAAAGUAAUGUUUAUAAGUAUAACUCGGAGGAUAGACCAGGUCAGGGUCAACACAGUGAUUCGCAGCGGGAGCGUGGUCAUGGACGACGCGGUUAUGGUGACGGUAACGGUAACGGUGACGAUGGCGACAGAGGGAACGAUGGUGGUGACGAUCGAGUUCACUUUCGAAAGCGAGGCGGCGAAUAUGAGAAGCAGCAGCAGGCACCAUCUGAUCUGUCGGUGACAGGGUUGGUCAGCCAGAGUGCCCGGGAGCGAGAGCGGGCUGACCGAGAGCGGCGUAGUUACCGGGAUUGA